AUGGAAAAGGAGACUGGAACGGCCAGUCCCCAAACUCCGCCAAUAGGAGCGUCAUUCUCAGAUGCCCCAAUCGGAUCCAGCGGAGAAGCAGAUAGCAAAUGGUUUGAGAAGGAAGAACAAGUUGCUACUAAUUUCGACCUUUCCCUUUUUUGGAAAAUAGAAAACUUCGCGAACCUUGAAGGCGCUGAUGCAGUGGAGUCGGAGGAUCGCUUCGAUUUCUUUGACGAAAAAAUAACGAGAUGGCCAGAUGGAAGAUACUGUACACCGAUCCCUUGGACAACGGACAAGUGGAGACUUCAGAAAAAUCUCCCGUUGGCCACCGAAAGAGUGGAGAGUACAAUAACAAGAUUGAGAAAAAAUCCAGGAGAUUUGGUGAAUUACCACGCAGAAAUCCAAAAGCUCAUCGACAGCAAAUUCGUCGAGGAGGCGAACAUGGACUACGAAGAGCUUCACACCUAUCUCCCACAUCAUCCGAUCUUCAGAGGCGACAAAUCAACGACGAAAAUCAGACCCGUCUUUGAUGGAGCAGCAAAAACGAAAUUUGGAACAAGUCUGAACGACGUGUUGGAGACCGGACCAAAUCUCAAUCCCGAUCUCCUAUCAGUGCUGAUACGCUUCAGAAAGUACGAGAUUGCCUGGAUUGCCGACAUAGAAAAAGCUUUUCUAAACAUCGCCCUGCAGCCGGAAGAUGCUGAAGCAAUCAGGUUUUUAUGGCCCAGGGAUCCAGCAGUGGCUGGAUCGCCUCUUAUUGCCUACAAGUGGAAGAGAGUGCCCUUUGGCCUUAGUUCUAGCCUCUUUCUCCUACGUGUAACAAUUAACAAGCACUUUAAAUCACUGAAAUCUCGUUUUCCAGAAACAAUUCAGCAGCUGGAAGAAAAUUUGUACGUAGACGAUUACCUCGGCGGAGCAAUCAAUUUAUCGAUCGCCAAGAAAAGAGUCGACGAAACGGACGAGAUCUUUAGUGACUUCCAACUCAACAUGAGAAGCUGGGCAACCAACAACGAAGACCUCAAACAACACCUGAAGGAGAAAGGACUGUCGAAUCAAGUCGUAGGCCUACUCUCCCCAGCCUUGGACGGCCAACAGAAGGUGUUAGGAAUCCGGUGGGACACCGGAUCCGAUUCGUUCAAAUUCGACCCAGCAUCCAUCAUCCAAGCAGUAGAAGAAGUGGGAACGGAAAUCACCAAAAGAAAGAUACUCAGUAUUUCGGCAAGGAUUUUCGAUCCAAUUGGAUUUUUAUCUCCCACUGUACUUUUAUUGAAGAUUAUUUACCAGAGGCUCUGGGAAAAGGAGAUAGGUUGGGACCAAGCAGCCCCAGCCGAUAUCCAAAAAUCUUGGAAGACAGUGAUGACUGGUCUCGCCGAUUUCACCGAACUACAAAUUCCACGAUGGAUCGGACUAUCCGAAAAAGUCACUUCUCACGAAAUUCACGUCUUCGGAGACGCUUUUGAAGCAGCGUAA